CUUCGCAGCCUCCUGCUACAUCUUUUCCACCGCUGCGUCCUCGUUGGCUGGCGCUCAAUAAACACUGACUCGGUGAAUAAAUGAGUUAAACUGUCCUUUUAGGGAUGGAUGACUCUGUCCUAUUCAAGGCGGUGCCCUUCUCUGGUAUUCCCUAAAACAAGCUUGACCCGAAGUAGGCGUUCUGAAAAAGGCCGACAGUCCAUAGAGGCCAACGCAGCGCUCCUCUCACCUCCUCUCUCAGUCCAGGCCGGGUGACCAUAGGCGCGGCCGACGGAAAAGGGGCGGUGCGGCUGGCAGAGUUGAGGCCCGGAGGGGGCGGGGCCUCCCUCGCGGCCUGGCCCGGAGAGGGUGGGGCUUCCGGGAAGGGGCCUCUAGCGCGCACUCUCGGAAGCGCAGCCGAACCCGCCCUCCGAGCCCCGAGAGGCGCUGCUGCCACCGCCGCCACGCCGCCGCUGCCUCAGUUAUGCCGAAGCACGUGUUCUCCGUGGACAUGACCUGUGGAAGCUGUGCUGAAGCUGUCUCUCGGGUCCUUGAUAAGUUGGGAGGAGUUAAGUAUGACAUUGACCUGCCCAACAAGAAGAUCUGCAUUGAAUCUGAGCACAGCGUGGACACUCUGCUUGCAACCCUGAAGAAAACAGGAAAGACUGUUUCCUACCUUGGCCUCGAGUAGUAGGGACCUGCUCCCCACAGCCCACAGGAUGGACCAAAGCGGGCAGGAUGCUGAUCCUCCCCUGGCUUCCAGACAGACCUGGGACUUGGCAGUCAUGCUGGGCAGUGGUGUUCCUGUGGAGACCCUCAGUUGUCCUAUUCCUUCCUAGCUUCCCCGCAAUAAAAUCAAGCUGCUUUUGUUGGA